CUUCUUGGCUAGAUAGAGCCACGACACUACUGGCGUGUUGUUAUUUGUUUGUUGACCUUUAUACGAGUUUUCCUACCCGACUGGACUAAAUAUCCCAUUCCGACCACUGCACGCAUCGGAUCGAGCGUGCGCGCUUUCGAUAAAGACAGAACUACUCUUCGUCGCUGCUGAGGUUCAACUCUUUAUUGGUCAGUGUAAAAAAGGGCACUAUUAUGACUGGCCGAACUUGAAACGGUGCCUUCAUUCAACUCGAACGAAUCAGAGACAAAGACGGAAACAACAAAGACAACAGAGCUAUGGGGCUGAAGAAUAAACUGAAGACUCUGCGGCUGAAGGCGGAAAAAGUCGAGGAUCCUGGUUUGGAGGAUCUGGAAACCGAAGAGGAGAACAAAGAGCGAUGGCAGUCAAUUUACAUUAUUUAUUUCACAAUGUUCCUGAUUUCGUUAGGGUUUAGUAUUAUUAUCACCGGGGUUUGGCCUUAUUUGGAUAAAUUAGAUCCGACAGCUGGAAAGGAGUUCAUGGGUUACGUGGUUGCUGCGAACCCCUUUGCUCAAAUGCUGUUUUCUCCUCUUGUGGGAUGGUGGAGCAACAAACUGGGAACCAUAAGACUACCCAUGUUGACAUCCUUGGCGCUCUUCACAGUGGCCAGUGCGAUGUACUCUUCGUUGGAGCUAUUUAGCGGUUACAGGAAGUAUUGGAUGUUGUGGACAAGGUUCUUAAUUGGCGUGAGUUCAGCUAAUAUCGCGGCUUGCAGAUCGUACGUUUCGGCUGCGACAAAGUUCUCGGAAAGGACUAAAGCCGUUUCUAUGAUAUCGUUGGCUCAGGUUCUCGGCUUUAUAAUUGGACCUGCCUUGCAAGCGGCUGUUGUUUUUCUGGGCGAUGAAGGAGUUUGGCUAUUUCCAAAUAAAUUGAAGCUAGAUAUGUACACAGCGUCCGGUUGGAUUAACGUUUUCCUGUCGGUGGUGAACUUCUGCUUGUUCCUGCCUUAUUUUUUCAAGGAGCACAAGAUCGCCGGUAAAGAGGCGAUGAUGAAGCAGGGCGCCAAAAAUGAGAAAGAGACGUGGCUGAAACCGGAUUAUUUGAGCGCCUGGACGCUUAUCGGAGCGUUCUUCGUGCUCGUUUUCAAUUUUAUGCUGUUGGAGACUUUGGGCACAUCCUUGACGAUGGAUCAGUUUGCGUGGAACAAGUCGGAGGCUAUGUAUUACAUGGGCAUACUUAUGUCAAUCGGCGGCAUUCUGGCGAUAAUCUGCUUCGCAAUGAUCAAUCCUUUGUGCCGUUGGUUCCCAGAGAACAAAGUUAUGAUUUGGGGCGGCUUCUUGUUCAUGCUGCUUGGAAGGGCCGUUUACAUUCCUUGGGGGGACGGUUACCCAGUCAUGUACGACGACUCGAAUCGUCUGAUGAACUGUGAAAAUAGCAGCUUAAAUGUGAUAAAUGCUACAGAAUUUUACGAUUAUACAUUGAACAUCACCGAAAGCGCCUGCGAUGAAUCCAUUCUGGUUGGAUGUCCGUCGAGUCAAGAGUGGUGUUUGUAUACAAGGGUCAUGACCCUAUUCCAGUUCCUUUUCGGCUACCUCCUCACAUGCCUUGGCUAUCCGAUCGGAGUGACGCUGAUACAGACGAUAUUUUCAAAGAUUUUAGGACCUAGACCACAGGGAGUUUGGAUGGGUCUAUUGACCGGCUCGGGGUGUUUAUCAAGGGUCAUGGGUCCCGUUUUCGUGACUCACAUUUACACCAUUUACGGAACAAACUGGACGUUCGGGUUCACCGCGCUCAUGAUGCUGGUGUCCAUGAUUUGGCUGAUUUAUUUCACCGAUCGAUUGCUUCCCAAAGAGAUUGUCCGGGAGGAGGAGGAAGGGACAGAACUGAACGAAGUGAAUAGCUUCGUGCAAAUUCCUCUGACCGCCAAGACAGACGCAUGAUGCGAUUUAUUAGCUCAAUUGUUUUGUAGUUCUCUUUUAAUUAAUCAAUGAUCUGUUACGCAAGUGUUUUCGUACUUAUUUAUUUUUUUUUACUUAUCUUUAAGACUCACUCAGUUUUUGUUUUUUGUAAACUAUAGCAAACAAACUAUUUUAAUACUUUUAUAUACAUAUAAAUAGUGCAAUAAACGUUAUGUGAUACCAAG